CGGUGGAGCUGAAGGUCGAAAGGUUUUGAAGAGAGUGGUUUCGUUCAAGAUUUGAAAAAGAUUUUAUAAUUUCGGGUUAACAACCACAUAAAGUAGUGAGCCAUGGAUUCCAGACGCGGAAGCCAGUUGAGCGAAGGCUUCUGUUCCGUCAACAACUAUUUCAAGUAUUAGAACUAACACGCAUAAUAAAGCCAGGUCAACAUUUUCACUGGGCGAGACGAGAAGUUUUGCAGCAUAUCUCACUUGUCCCUGUACUCUCCCCGUCCUUUCUCCCUGCUCUGUAUUUCGUCCUGCAUCUGGCCUAGUCUUUUCGCUGGUCCACGUAGUUCUAGAAAAUCCAGUCCCAGGUUUUUGUGACUCCACAAACCUACUGUGAAGGCUGCAGCAAUUAGGGAGAAAUUCAAGGCGUCGAUUAUUUUUUUUGUUUAAAAUGUCUCCUGGGAAACCGUGGUUGAAAUAGUAACAGCAGUUAAUUGCAAGUCUGGAUAUUUUUCAAAUGAUUGAAAGCAAGGUCCGAAGUGUACAGUAUAUUUUCGAAUUUCCACAAAUCACAGACUUGUUUGAUAUCUCUGAAAGACAGGGACAAGGCACAUUUGCAUCUGUUCUAGCCGUGAAAAAUAAACGCAAUCCUGAUGAGUCCAAAUAUUAUGCCUUAAAAAUGAUUAUUCCAACAGUUGAUAUUCGAAGGAUUGAGAAUGAAAUUCGUAUUUUACGAAGACUAGGUGGUAAACACAAUGUGAUACAAAUGCAUACAGCAAUGCGAAUUCGUGAUCAUGUCUUUAUUUUAAUGCCUUUUAUUGAUUAUGUCCCUUUUACAGAUUAUUAUUUAACAGCUGAUGAAAAAGAAAUCAAACGUUAUAUGCGUGCACUUCUGUCAGCCUUAGCACAUGUUCAUAAGUUUAAGAUAAUUCAUCGUGAUAUAAAGCCUACAAACUUUCUUAUGGAUCAAAAUACUAGACACUUUUUUCUUGUAGACUUCGGUUUAGCACAUUCAGAAGAAUUUGGAGAUAUUGAUGAAAGAUGGGAGAGGAAAUUUGAAGUCAAGCGUAUUUCAGAUACAAAAAAAGAUGAAAUAAGAAAAAGGGUUCCAGACUGUAUCCAGUCAGAUUUCGGUAUAUCAGUGAACUCUACACAACGCGUAAGUUUGGCAAACAAAGAAAAUAGUAAAACACAUAAGUGGGAUACUAUGGAUUCUGGGAGUUCUAGAUUCAGUUUCAAAUGCAAUUCUCCGAAAAUUGACGGCAUGUCCUCAUUCAAAGGUCCAACCGUGAAAUCCAAUCAGCAGUUAUCGAAUACUUCAACACAAUGUUUAGGACAGGGUGGAUGUGUCUGUGGUUUACGCCUUACAGUGUGUCGAGGUUGUCGACACUUACCUCGAUCUCCAGCCGUUCGGAGAGGCGGAACUCUUGGAUUUAGACCUCCAGAAGUAAUGAUGCGUCAUGUAGAACAAACAACUGCUGUCGACAUAUGGGCUGUUGGAGUUAUAUUCCUCUCUUUCCUGUCCGGUCGUUAUCCUUUCAUAAAAGUAGAUGACGAUUUGGAUGUACUUCAUGCUUUCACUCACCUGGUUGGAUAUGAGCGUAUGCAAAUGGGUGCCAGAAGUAUUGGGAGAAAACUCGUGCUUGAACCUAAACCACCACCUAUGGAAGCUAGUGAUUCACCUGCUGCGUGGCUUAAAACCAGAUGCACAGCCAUUAGGCGAUAUGAGAAGAAAUUUGCUGGUUUACCCCCUUUACUCUCGAAAACUUCAAUAAAGCCAACCACUGUAAAUGGUGAUCAAUCCUCUUCAACUAAUAAUGCUGAUAUCCCCUGUGAGUCUAGUUGGAAAAAUGCAACGAUUGCUUUAUCGUCUACACAUAUAUUUCCUACAUCAGCGUAUGAUCUAUUAGCCCGUCUUUUGGAACCAUGUCCACGUAAGCGUAUAAGUGCACAUGAUGCACUUCGUCAUCCAUACUUUUGUAAUUCGUCUAAAAGUCAACGGCAUUCUAGUGUACCUGUACAGUAUCAACAAAAUUUAUUGCUUCACAGAAGUACACCACGUUUAAGUUAUUGUGAAUCAACAAAGAAUUUUAUUCCUAGACCACAGUUUUGUUAAGAACGAAAAAAACAACCUAGUCUGUUUAAAAGAAUAUUUAUUUUGUCUACAUAAUAUAAAAACUUAUAUGAAAAUCACUUGUUUAUCUUUAUCUUGUCAAACUCUGGCAA